AUGGGUCUUGCUGUUGGGGUCGAAGUAGGGUGUCUCGCCAAGUCCAACUGCACGGUGGCUCGUACGACCGCUCAAGCCAGCGAAAUCGGAUAUGGCACAAAACACAGUCUGUGGGGCAAAACACCACAUGACCGAGAUCGUGAGGAUUCUCCUAUUGAUGUCUCAGUUAAGGGUCAUGUUCCUCGACGAUCAUCUGCAGGAACGAAUCGUGUUGUUGCUUGCUUCGGUGCGAACAAAUGGGUGGACGGCGCUGAGGGGGUUCCAACAUUGUUUGGAGACCCGCAAGGGUUUGAGUAG